GUGCCUUCCUUCCCUUUUCUCCGUUGCUAGCGGUUAGCAUUAGCAGGCUAGCCCCCAGUCCGAGCGGCGGUUGCAUUUUGUUGAUCCUCCUCCUUCCCCGCAGCGAGCCGAGGGACGGGACUGUGUCUCCGGCUGUGUCUCCGACCUCAGUGCCCCACGACAGCGGUGGUGCGUCGCCGUCCUCGCAGUCACGACAGGAAGAAACCCCGAAGCUCUGGGACAUGGCCAGACCAGAACAAGUCCUGGUGCUAGAGCCACAACACGAACUGAAAUUCAGAGGCCCGUUUACAGAUGUUGUCACUGCCACUCUGAAGCUCAGCAACCCCACAGAUAGAAAUGUGUGUUUCAAAGUCAAGACAACUGCACCUCGUCGAUACUGUGUGCGCCCCAACAGUGGCAUCAUUGACGCUGGAACCUCCAUCAAUGUUUCCGUUAUGUUACAGCCGUUUGACUACGACCCCAAUGAAAAGAGUAAACACAAAUUCAUGGUGCAGUCCAUGGUGGCUCCAUACGACAUGACUGACAUGGAGGGAGUUUGGAAGGAGGCAAAGCCAGAGGAGCUGAUGGAUUCAAAGUUGAGAUGUACAUUUGAGAUGCCUCUAGAAAAUGACAAAACUCAUGAGAGUGAAAGCAACAAAACUGUGUCUUCCUCUACCUCUCCUGUUAAGACUGAGCACUCCGCCAUGCCGAAGUCCGCCAGCGCCUCGCUGGAUGAUGGAGAGGUGAAGAAGAUCAUGGAGGAGUGCAAGCGGCUGCAGAUGGAGGUGCAGAGGCUACGGGAAGAAAAUAAACAGAUCAGGGAGGACGAUGGGCUGCGGAAGAGAAAGAUGACACCAAUGGCCGCCUCUCAUUCUUCUUCCUCCUCCGCCAUGGCGACCUCUGCCAUGAGGGAUGAAGGCCUAAGCACCCGCGUCCUGGCUCUCUGCGUGCUCUUCUUCGUCAUCGGCGUCAUCAUCGGCAAGCUAGCCCUGUAAAGACAGACGGACAGAGCACAGUGACAGACGGAUGGCAUGCUCGGGAGGACAAAAUGAUGACGACGAUAACGACAAUGAUGGAGAUGUCUUCUGGGUUUUUUUUUUUCUGUUCUUGGGUUUGUUUGUUUUGUUUUGUUUGUUUUGUUUUUUUUAGCAUCGAAGGCAAUAUCACAAAGGUUUGUCAGAACAGUAGAGGAUGAAAAUUAUUUAAUGUGUAAAAAGAAAACAAAGGAAGGCAAUCCAAGUUAACCAUGAGUGAGAACGUUUUCGUCACAGGUCGUUGUUUUUUUUUGUUUUGUUUUGUUUUGUUUUUUUUUGUGAAAUAAUCACCAUCUCUGAUCUGUUCUUUCCGUCCAUCCAUACUUCCUUCCUCAACCAUCUUCCCCGACUUGCACAGAUGAGUUUAUGGUCUGUGGGAGUGGCUAUGCUCUGGUUGAACGUCUGAAGUCCUUCAUUGAUUCCUUAUCGACUCUCGCUCUUCACGUUACUUAAUCACAUUGCAUAAGAGGAGGCGAUCCAGUGUUCCUCUCCUGAUAUUCUCUCUUCCACUUUGAUUCUGAUAAUGCCUAAGGAGAGGGGGAAACGCGUGGGAUCAAUGAACGACUUUCUCCGUUUCAAGCUCUAUGUAUUGUCUUCUCAACAGUAUCUGGUGAAAAAUGUGAGCCAGUAGAAGCCAUGCAUUUUUUCUCCCUCCCGUGUGUGUGUGCGUGUGUGUGUUGUUCAUUUUGUCUCCUGCUGGAAGGCUGAUGCGGCUGUGUGUGAAUGUUUUAACGCGCGGAGACCACAAAACGGUGAAUCAGAAGCUGUGGAGUUUUAGUGUGAUGGAAAGAGGGGUGGUUAAAAUAAUACAAAUCCUGUCAUCCAAACAGAUUUCCUGUACACAACAGAAAAAAAUGGGGGUGUUAGUUGAAAAAAAAAAAAAAAUCCACUGAAAAUAUUGAUUAUUUCAGUCCUAGUCAGACCCAGCUGACGAGUCUUUUUUUUUUUUUUUUUUUUUUUAAUUUCAUUUCAGUGAUUUUUAUUUUUUUGGCUAUUUGUAAAAUAAGAUUCAUCACGUGGAUUUCAUGCUGCACAGUGAACUUGUUAUUAUGGAAAAGCAAACUAAGUUGCAGUUGUGUUCAAGGUAUCAGAUUUGCCCAUGCAACACUUUGAUUUCCUGACUGUUGAUGAUUUAAUUCCUCAGGUUGAGACAGAAAGAGAGUGGCAUCAGAAAAAAAUAUAUAUAUAUCUUAUCCCCCUCCCCGUCCUUAUCUUAAAUCAGUGGACUUGUUAUGCAAAACCAACUUGGACAUUUACAGUAUACCAGAGUGUAGCCGGCCAUCGUUUUGGUCGGCUUUUUCAAUUCCCGCUCUUUAAAUUCUGCCCAUGGCAUAUUUGUAGUAUUACCAUCUUCUAGUGUAUCACGGCAGUCGUUUGCCUUUUUUUUCUUCUCAUAUUAUCAUGUAGCCACGAUGCUUCUGUUGUUUGUAAUAUUCAGAUGCACUAUAUUCAAGUGUCCACUCUGCGUUCUGCAUGGAAUGACCUGGAUUUAUUAUUAUUCUCUCUCUUUUUUUGUGUGUUGAAAUUAUAUUAUCCAAAAAAAAAAAACCAAACAAACAACAAAAAAAAAAACAACAAUUACUGUCUUUUCAAAAGGGACCAUCUUGAGUCUGGUUUAUCAGUUUGUGUGGAUGUGUUUUCUUUCUUUUCAUUUAUAUUUUCUGUUUCCUUUCGGGCUUGGUGGUUGUUUGAUAACCAAAACAGUCUCGUUGUGCUAUCUCAGCUAUCAAUUGACCAACCAAGCAAACUCAGUUGUAAAAAAAAAAAAAGGAAGAAAAAAGAAA